AUGAGGAUUAGAAGGCGUGACUCUGAGCUGUGGAUGCAUCAUAGAUUGCUUCCUCAGGAGCUAAGGGAAAGGGUUAGGCGUUAUGAUCAAUACAAAUGGCUAGAAACAAAAGGAGUAGAUGAAGAGAGCCUCGUUCAGAGUCUACCUAAAGACCUUAGAAGGGACAUCAAGCGGCAUCUUUGUUUAAAUUUGGUCAGAAGAGUUCCUUUAUUUGCAAAUUCAGAUGAAAUGUUGCUUGAUGCCAUUUGCGAGCGACUAAAACCAAGUUUAUACACCGAAAAUACAUUCGUACUUCUAGAAGGCGACCCAGUGGACGAGAUGCUUUUCAUUAUUCGCGGCCGCCUGGAAAGUAUAACCACUGACGGGGGGAGGAGUGGAUUUUUCAACCGAGGUAUAUUGAAAGAAAACGAUUUCUGUGGGGAGGAGCUUCUGACAUGGGCAUUGGAUCCUAAAUCUGGAUCCAACUUGCCACCAUCUACUCGGACAGUCAAGGCUUUGACAGAGGUGGAGGCUUUUGCCUUGGAAGCGGAUGAAUUGAAAUUCAUCACCACUCAAUUUAGUCGGCUUCAUUCUAGGCAGGUCCAGCACACUUUCCGGUUUUACUCGCAGCAGUGGAGGACAUGGGCUGCCUGCUACGUCCAAGCUGCAUGGCGUCGCUAUUCCAGGAGAAAAAGCAGAGAGCUUCGUCAAAAUGAAGAAGAAGAAGAAGAUGAUGAUGAUGAUCUGGGAGAUAAGGAUGAUGAAGAAGAAUUAACAAGAGAUCCUCAGUCAUCUAGCUUUGGUGCAACCAUACUGGCAUCACGGUUUGCAGCAAAUGCUCUUCGUGGAGUUCGUAGGUUCCGUAGCCUAAAAUCUGGCAAGGCCUCGGCGAAACUACAAAAGCCUCACGAGCCCGACUUUACCCAGUAG